AUGAAUCGACCAUCACACGAAGACGACGGCUGGGACCACCCGGAAUGGAAUCAAAAUCCGCCUGCGCUGGCCGGAGACUUGACCACGAGGAACGACUUGAAUGGUGUUGUCAAUUCUCGACGAAACCGUGAUCGGAGGAUAGAUGACGACGACUUGAAUCGCAUCCAUCCAGAGCCUUACGAACUCACUGAGGUCAAUGGAAAAGGCAAGAACUUGCCUCGGGUCACGGAAGGCCCGUACCCUGGCCCUAGUGGCCACCAACUGGAGCGCUCGUCGUCGCCGUCGUCGACGUUGCGUUCCACCGAGAUGCCUGUGUCUGGUGGCAGGCGUCUCGGCAACCGCAUCAUGUACGUCCUGGCCAAAUACGCAAAGUUCGUCGGUCCAGGCGUCAUGAUAUCAGUCGCCUAUAUCGAUCCUGGAAACUAUUCUACUGCUGUUGCAGCUGGUUCUACUUUUCGAUUCAGGCUUCUUUUCAUAGUCUUCUUGUCCAACCUCUUUGCAGUCUACCUGCAAUGCUUGUGCGUCAAGCUAGGCUCAGUCACUGGUAUGAAUCUGGCUGAGAUGAUCAGAGCUCAUUGUCCUAAAUGGCUCAACUGGGUUCUAUACCUUUUCGGAGAGGCAGCAAUUAUCUGCACCGAUAUUGCAGAAGUGAUUGGUACUGCUAUUGCUCUUAAUCUUCUUUUCCAUAUCCCUUUGGUAGCUGGCUGUGCCAUAUCCAUUGUGGACGUCCUUGUAAUUUUACUAUUCUACAAACCGAGUGGCACUGUACGAGGCGUCAGAAUAUUUGAAGGCUUCGUCGCUUUAUUGGUCCUUGGUGUUGUGGUAUGCUUUUGCUACCAGCUUUCCUUGAUCACCAAUACGUCAGUUGGUGAUGUCUUCCGUGGCUACCUCCCAUCCUCAGCUAUUGUCCAGUCUCAGGGCCUUUACCAGUCAUGUGGCAUUCUGGGUGCGACUGUCAUGCCCCACUCGCUCUAUCUUGGCUCAGGUAUCGUGCAGCCACGUCUCAAAGAAUACGAUAUGCAACACGACAACAUCCCGGCCGCCUCCGAUGACGAUGACAGUGGCCCGUCUAAGUACCGUCCCAGCCUGGCUGCUGUUCGAUCCUGUAUGAAGUACUCUAUCGUCGAGCUGUCAACAUCUCUUUUCAUCUUCGCGUUGUUCGUCAACAGCGCUAUUUUGAUCGUCGCAGGAGCUUCCCUUUACAACACCUCUGCUUCCACUGCCGAUCUAUUUGGCAUCCACAAGCUGCUGGCUCAUCAGCUUGCUCCCGUUGCAGGAACGAUCUUUGCUCUUGCUUUACUUCUCUCUGGUAUUUCAGCUGGUAUCGUGUGUACGAUUGCUGGUCAGAUGAUCUGUGAAGGCCAGUUGACAUGGUCAGUCAAGCCUUGGGUGCGCCGCUUGAUAACACGAUCUAUUUCCAUUACACCUUCCAUCAUCAUCGCCGGCGCUGUUGGUGCAGAGNGGCUCUCUGCCGCGCUUGACGGCUCGCAGGUUGCUCUGAGUGUUAUCCUGCCUUUUGUCAGCGCGCCUUUGAUCUACUUUACCUGUCGUGACAGAUACAUGACCAUGUCUGCGAGCAACGGCGACCUGAUCAGUAUGCGUAACCACUGGUUUACGGCCAUCAUUGCGGUUGUCAUCUGGCUCAUCAUCGUGGUUAUGAAUGUCGCGCUCCUGGUGCUCUUGGGCUUGGGUCAGGGUUAG